CCCCGCUGCGCGCGCCCGCACCCCUGCUGGGCCACCCUUCUCUUCGCCCUGCCGCCGCCACUGCUUCCUCACCUGCGGCCGCGCGCCCGCCUGGAGCCACCUGCGCCCGCCGGGGCCUCGCGCGCAGCUCGCACUCCGCACCCGGAGCCGCCGCCACCGCCGUCAUGAGUGGAGCAGGCGGUGCCCACAUCACCUACGCGAGCCGCAAGCGGAGGAAGCCCGUGCAGAAAACAGUAAAGCCGGUCCCCUUGGAAGGAGUCAAGUCCAACCCUUCAAAGAGGCACCGAGACCGGCUGAACACCGAGCUGGACCGGCUGGCCAGCCUGCUGCCCUUCCCCCAGGACGUCAUCUCCAAGCUGGACAAGCUGUCCGUGCUGCGGCUCAGCGUCAGCUACCUGCGGGCCAAGAGCUUCUUCGAAGUGGCAUUAAAAUCUCCCCAGGCGGACAGGAAUGGAAAUCGUGAGAGCAGCAGCAGCGGUGGAGGCGGCAGUGGUGGCAGCGAGUUCCAGGAUGGUCUGCGCUUGCAGGAGGGGGAGCUCCUGCUCCAGGCGCUCAACGGCUUCGUGCUGGUGGUCACCACCGACGCGCUCGUCUUCUACGCCUCCUCCACCAUCCAGGACUACCUGGGCUUCCAGCAGUCUGACGUCAUCCAUCAGAGCGUGUUUGAGCUCAUCCACACGGAGGACCGCGCGGAGUUCCAGCGUCAGCUGCACUGGACGCUCGACCCCAGCCAGGCGGCGGACCCCGCAGUGCAGGGACCAGAGGGCCCUGGCCCGGCCCAGAGCGCAGGCUAUUACAGCCCGGAGCAGCUUCCCCCGGAAAGCCUGCCCUUCCUGGAGAGGUCGUUCAUCUGCCGCCUGCGCUGCCUGCUGGACAACUCCUCCGGCUUCCUGGCCAUGAAUUUUCAAGGACGCCUCAAAUUCCUUCAUGGCCAGAACAAGAAAGGGAAAGAUGGCACGUCGCUGGCCCCUCAGCUGGCCCUGUUUGCCGUGGCCACUCCGCUGCAGCCUCCGUCUAUCCUCGAAAUCCGGACCAAAAACUUCAUCUUCAGAACGAAACACAAACUGGACUUCACUCCGACGGGCUGCGAUGCCAAAGGAAGACUUGUUUUGGGGUACACCGAGGCAGAGCUGUGCAUGAGGGGGUCCGGCUACCAGUUUAUCCAUGCCGCGGACAUGCUGUACUGUGCCGAUAGCCACAUCCGGAUGAUCAAGACCGGAGAGAGCGGCAUGACGGUGUUCCGGCUCCUCACCAAGGAGAAUCGCUGGACCUGGGUGCAGUCCAACGCACGUCUGGUGUAUAAGAACGGAAGGCCGGACUACAUCAUCGCCACCCAAAGGCCACUCACGGAUGAGGAGGGGGCGGAGCACCUGCGCAAGCGCAGCGGGAAGCUGCCCUUCAUGUUCACCACGGGAGAGGCCGUGCUCUACGAGGUCACCUUCUCCCUGCCCGGGCCCAUGGACUCAGCUUUGGUGCGGGCCAAGGGCUCUGGGCCGGGCGAGGAGGGCACUGCAGGACACCCCUGGAACCAGGAGUCCUUCCACCCCACGUCCAUCCUGGGCGCGGUGGUGCGGCAGGACGAGGCCGUGUACCUGUGCCCCCCGGCGCCCCGCGCUGCGCCCCUGGACAGGAGCUUUGGGAGCAACAUGGUGGAGGACCUGCACGGCCUCCUGGCCAGUGACUGGCCUGUGGGGAGCGGCGACCUCCUGAAGCGGGAGCGGGGGCCGCUGUGUCACGAGGCCGAGAGCGGGCCCGGCGAGCUGUACGGCAUCAUGAGGAGCCUCGGCCUCGACUUUGAGGACUUGCGGCGCCUGCAGCAUGAGGAGUUCUUUCGAACCGACCUUUCUGGCGGGGAUGACAUCGGGGACAUCGAUCUGACCGACGAGAUCCUGACCUACGUUCAGACAUCCUUAAACAAGGCUGCCUUCUCCCAUUCGGGUCCCCAGCAGCAGCCCCUGCAGCAGGCCCAGAAUCCUUUGCAGCCUCCUCUCCCACCUCAGUACCCUGUUCAGCAGGCCCAGCCUCUCCUCCAGCCUCAGUACCCCCUGCAGCAGGCCCAGAAUCCUCUCCAGCCUCCCCUUCAGACUCAGCACCCCCUGCCACCACGGCCGGGGGUCCCUCCUCAGCCCCCCAACUCUAGCUGCAUGGUCCAAGAACAGCUGCACCAUCAGAGACGGCGGCAGCAGCAGCUUUGCCAGAAAAUGAAACACCUGCAGGUGGACACCUGGAAGCCGGGGGACCCCGAGCCCUUUCCUUGCCCGCAGCUGGAGCCCCGGCCCUAUGAGGUCCUGGCAGGCUUCACAGAUGCCGAGAUGCCCUACAAGGCCGAUUUUGGCCCGGGGCCCUACGCCCAGAGCUUCCUGCCCUGCUCUCAGCCUCUGUUUCCUCCAACUGCCCGCCUGGACCAUUUAGACUUUCCAGUGGAAGCUUUGGACCAGUCUCCGUACCUGGCCUCGCACCUGGGAGACUUUGUCAGCUGUUUCCAGGAAAGCCCAGGGCUUGGCGGCCCUUCCCAGCCUCCCCCAGGAGCUCCCCCAGGGUGUUACGCGGGUGCCGUCUCCAUGUUUCAGUGCCAGCCCAAAGGCCAGGCUUCCAGCGAGGGCCUGGUGCCGUACCACCCACUGGCCUCGAGUCAGCACCCGGCAUUGAACAAAUUUCAGAAUGGCUUAAAUGGAGGUGUUUUAAGCGAGUCCUACCCCGCUCAGUUCAACAGUCUGAGCAGCUCUUCGGCGGCCACCUGUGUCCACCCGGCUGAAGCCAGGCCCUUCCCCGAUAUAGCGUCCGGCGGCUUCCUCUGAGGCAGGGCCUGGGCCCCUGGCCUGGCCAGCUGGUGCUGCAGAGAAGGGCGGGAGGAAGCCUCAGCCGGGGGCCCUGCCAGGAGCACCCAAAAGAGAAGCGGCGUCUGUCUGUCCCUGGAAGAGCCGAGUCCUGCCCCUCCGGACCAUCCUCGUCCAAUGUCCAGCACUGAGAGAGGAAAAGGGCUGGAGCGUUUGUAAGCAAGAGUGGCCCUCCUCCUCCUCCUCCUCCUCCUCCUCCUCCUCCGAGGGCCCCAAGACUGGCUCCAUGACGGGGGGCCAGGACAGACCUCCUCCGGCCCACCCAAGUGCCUCUCCAGGAGCCUGGGCUUUCCUACGGGUGCCGCAGGGAUUUCCUCCGCGCCAUCCUCUCGCUUGGACUUUCCCUGCCGCCGUCCUCCCGGCCUUUUUCAGGUAAUGGAAGGUUAAAAGAAGGUAUUUAUUGAUGAGAAACUAACUGACUCGAGAGCCGUUUCCUGAGACUUCAGUGUUCGCCACGUGCCUUAUCUCUGGUGGAAAUACGCCCCGUAAGCGAACAAAACCAGCUGGUUUUUGCCAAGUUCUUCCUCAUGAAGUUUGUUUUAAAAUGGUGGCAUUGAAGCGGGCCCGGCGGCUCCGGAGGGAGGAUGACUCUGGCCAGGCCUUGGCGAGGCUGGCCACGGCCUGCCGCCCACGAGUGACCGGGGAGUCUCCGGGUGACCCGCUUCCGUCUUCCCGUCUGUCUCCCUCGGACCCGCCCCGGAGGAGGCUUUAGUCCCGGGACGUUUGGCUAAGCCGGGCCGUCCUCACAGACGUCACGUUCCGGCUGGCGGCGAUACUUGUUUUCUCCUAGUUGAGGCUGGUCAGCGUCGAAGCCGCCCACGUGGGGUGUCCAGGGUCCUCCCAAAGGAAAUCCGGCCGGCGGCUCACUGACGGAAUGGAGGAGGCUGCCCUGAACUAUUACGAGUCCCGGGUCCGUCUGUCUGUCUGGCAGGGACACGAGCGCCCGCUUGUGGCCCGAUCCGAGAGAGCCAGAAGGAACUCUGAGGAUCUGCAAAGAAAAAGGCGGAUUUGUUCUCGCGCUCCGGCCCGGCCCAAACCACUUCAAGGCGGCGGAGGGCCGCUGGGGUCUGGCCCCGAGCCGGGGUCUUUGCAGGCCAGAGUCGGCCCUCGUCCCGCCUGCACGGACACCGCGCAGAAGCCGCUCUUUGCACUCACUUUUACAGUAAAUGAAUACAGAUCCAAAGCCAAAAACAAACUUCAUUCGUCUGUGCGAUGCAUUUUCAGGAAACAAAAGGCUAGAACGUGACUUACGGACGAAGCACAACAUUGGACCGUCAAAAACAUUUCAUGAUUUUUCAACACAAGCUGUUGCCGAAAUUUGGGCUGGUGGCCGGAAUGGUUCUUCUCUAUGUCUCCAUCGAAAGUUUCCCUUCAAAGUCUAACAGAACCACUUUGGGCGAAUCUUCCAUUUCUUGGGAAAUAGGCACCGAAUGGAAGAAGCGCCACCUGUGUGAGGAAGGCGUGAAUGCGCCCGGCCGCCCUUCUUUAGAUCCUGUCAAACGGAGGCUAAAGGGAAAGUGUGUAUUUUUAUCCCUAUAAAGAAAGCUAUUCAGAUUUUAUCUAAAGAAUAAUUAAUAUGGAUUAACCCGACCGCUUUGUGCCAAAGGAAGCCGAGUUGCCCAGAGAACUGCUCUCGAGGCUUUUCCCGCUCUUUCUGCCUCGGCCGAGCGCACGAGGGAGGCCGUGAGGGAGGCAGGAGGGCCUCGGCUGCCCCCGGAGCGGCCCUGCCCAUCGGCGGCCUCGUUCCCCUCGCCAGCCCCUCGGCGGCGUCCCUCCGGCUAGGCCUGCCUUAGAGUCUUUUCCUAUUUAAUAUAUGGAUGGUUGUCUUCUUAUUUCCCUUGAAGUAAAAUGUGUAAAUGAUAAUAUAUGUAAUAAAGUCAUUGCCAAGCA